AGUCUAUAAAUUAGGAUGUUGAAUGGUGACAUGAUUGAAUUUGGAAUUUGAAGGCGCAAGGGCGUGGCCAGAGAGAGAGAGUGAGAGAUGCCAAGAACUACACGCAGAUCUGUAAAUCAAAGGCUCCAAUAUAUACAAGUUAUCCAUGAAUUGCAGGAGGAGAUCAAAAUGUUACAGAUUUCAAACGAUAAACUCAAUGGUGAGGGUCUCAAUGGUCUAAGCUACACCCAGCUGGCUUCACUUGAAAGUAUGUUAAAGGAGGGCUUCCGCAAUGUGCAAGAACAAACAGAUAAGGCACACCAUGAAUUAACAGUCAAGCAGAUUGUUGAAUGCGAUGUUAUGGGAAAGGAAUGGCUUGACGCAAAAGAGAAAGAGGAUUUGGCCUACCAAUCGCUUCUGGCAAGGAGAAGAAGAGCUUUGAGGAACAAGGCUAGAGAACUCCGUCUCAGACCUCCUCAAGACAGCCCCCAGGAGUAUACCUAUAACCAUGAAGAUCUGAUGUCAACCAUCGAAUGUUUGAAGAUCGAGAAGGAGAGAUUAAGGCUUUUGAACCAGAGAAUGAUUGGUAAAGAGCUUGACGGUAUGGGUUACUCGGAGCUGUUGGUGUUUAGCUGUGGGAUACAGGGUGGUAUGUUGAAAGCCGAAGAAGAGAAGAAGAAGAUAAAACGUGCAAGGGAGGUUCUUAGGGGCGUUUAGUAAGAGACUCUUGUGACUACUAUAUAAUUAGGUAAUUAUAUAUUGGUUCUAGCUUUGUGUAUUGAUAAUCUAUGUCUGUCUGGUGAUUAUGAUUAAGCUUAAAAGACUUGUGGUUUGCUAUAUGUGUGCUAAAGAUCAAUGAAAAUAAACUGUAAACAUCAAAGUAUCA